AUGGCGGACCAACCGAUCCAAUUUAAAUUUAUUGUUAUCGGCUGCUCAGGAGCAGGCAAAACUAGUAUCCUUAGACGUCUUGUCGAGAACAAAUUCGUUAAAGGCACCCAGUCUACCGUUGGUAUCGAAUAUUUCACACACAUCACAACCAUCAAUGGACGUACAAUCAAAAUGAUGAUUUGGGAUACAGCCGGCCAAGAGCGCUUCUACACAAUUGCAAAAGCAUAUUUCAGGUCCGCUCUCGGAGUAGUCCUAGUUUUUGAUAUUACUGAUAGAAAGAGUUUCGAUCAGCUCCCUCGCUGGCUUAGAGAUGCUCGCAUGGAAGCAGAUCCACAUUGCUCUGUAAUCCUUGUCGGUAACAAAUCAGAUUUAGCCGCAAAUCGUCUUGUUUCCAAGGAAGAAGCCGAAGAGUUUGCAAGAACCCACGAACUCCAAUACAUUGAAACAUCAGCUCUUGACAACAACAACAUCGAAGAGACGUUUAUCAAGACAGGAGCUGAUCUUCUCCGCAAAGUCGGAACUGGUGAAAUUGCUGCUGCAGUCACUCCUCCAGGAAGUGUUCAGGGUAGUGUUACUGUUACAGAUUCUAAGGAUAAGGGCAAGAAGAAGAAUUGCUGUUAA